GCGAAGGAUCUGUGGUUUUGUUUUAGGUCAUAUGGGACGGUUGCAGAUGUUUAUAUUCCGGCAAGACGGGAUUAGAGAGGGCGUCGCUUUGGGUUUGUCUGCAUGUCAGAGGUCUUAGAUGUAAAAGACAUGGAAGGGAAAUUGAAUCAGAUAUGGUUUGGUUCCUAUCAUCUCAAAGUUAAGUUGGCAAAGAAAAUGAAAAGAGGGAAGGAAGAGACAACGAUGAGACCAAAAACGCAGAUAGAGAAUAAAUGGAUUAAGAAAGAUAAUAGGGUGAAUCCAAAGGUGACUUACGCACAGGUGGUGGUAAGGAAUAUUUUUGCAAUUGAGGAUGGAAAUUCUUCGGUUCAUGAAUUCAGACAGGGUUCAUUAACGAAGGAGAAAGAAACAACAGAGAAAAGGAUUGAGAAGGAGGGGGUUCCUUUGAAAGCAUGGAGUGACAGAUGUUUCAUGGAGCUAGGGGGCUUAAUAGGCAAGGUGAUUCUUGUGGAUGAGGAUACAAAAAUUACAUUGAUGAUUGAUGGCCAAGCUUUUUCGAUAGCCGUGGAGGAGGAGGAGUGGCGUAUGGACCUAGAUUGGUGGCUAGUUGAAGAGCGACGGAAUCUGGCAACUGAAUUUGACUCAGAAUAUUCUAGCGAUGGUUACAGUGAUGUAAAUUUAAAUGUGGACGGAUUUUUGGGUGAUGAAGACACUUUGUUGGAUGAGGAUUGUGUAGUAUCUGAACCUGAUGCGAAUGCAAGUUUAAAUAAGCAAGGUAUUUUGGCAGAAAGAGAAUCGGGUGAGAAUAUUUUGGAAAAUGGGCUAGACAAGAUUAGGCUGUGUAUGGGAAGCUUGAGUGGGCCUGAGGAAAAAGAGAAUGUGAUGCAGGCUGAAAGUGGGAAAAUGGUGUCAUCUGGGUUGCAACACCAUCGAAAUGUUUUAGAGAAAAAACACAGAAGUGUUGGUGACAUCUAUGCUGGGGGUAGUGGUGAGAAAGAAUCGAGAGACAUAGAGGCUUUGUGGGUUACGGAAAGAACGAAGAGUAGAAGGGAAAGAAAGGAAAAACUUCUAAGGGAUGGCUCACAACAGGAAGUGCAGCUGGAAGAGUCUUUGUCUGAUGGGUGUAUUUAGCAUCGAAACCAUGUAAUUAGGCAAUAUUUGGAGUUGGAUGAAGUGCGUAUGCUGUUUACAAUGGGGCAAAGACUAGGAAUUCAUUGUCAGCAAAAUGAAGAAGAGGUGUUUUC